CGGCUCACCGACACUCAGCCAGCAGUCAGUCGGCUUGGUGCACCGGGUGGUCGCAUCUCGGAUUGUCCUGCGUUUCGCUUCCUCUGGUUUAUAUCGACCCCAAGGAUUUUAAAAAGUCACAAAUCAAGAGGACGACAGCACGAGGAAGAGGUAACAUUUGAACAUUUGAAGAGAGCCUGUUUGUCAACUUGUCAUUGUCCUAUAAACAUGACUGAGGUGGCGCAGGUUGGCGAUAUAUUCGCCCACGACAUGGAUGAUGAGAGCGAACUCAACAUGAGCGAUGCUGAAAACAAGGAAGAUGACGUGGCGGUUGAUGAAGACGACGCAGCAGAGGAGAAAAGUGAGGAGGCGUCACAAGAAGAAGACAAAGAGCCUCGCCUCAUGAAAGAGAAAGAAAGUAAUGACACUGACAAGUCGCAGACAAACGGCGUGGAAGAGAAAGAAAAGCAUGCAGCCGAUAAGCAAAAUGAAAGCUCAGAAGCUGUAAAUGGUGUAGAAAAGGACACAGAGACGAAGGAGGAUGCAGAACCGGACACAAACGAGAGUACUUCUGAUUUGGCAUUAAAGAAAGAGAAACUCCUCCGAUCCAGAAAGCCGGUGGCCAGAAGCUACGUGCCAAAGCUGAACAAAGAGAAGGGCGAUGUGUCGAACAAGUUUGAGGCCAUGCAGAAGGCCAGGGAGGAGCGCAGCAGGCAGAGGAACCAGGACGAGCAGCAGAAGAGGAAGGAGCAGUUCAUCAAGGAGAGGGAGUGGAACCGCAGGAAGCAGCAGAUAAAGGAACUGCUCGCUUCCAGUGAUGAGGAAGAAGAGGUGAAGCCAGCAAAGGUAGAGAAAUCCUACGUCCCCAAAAUCACAGGGAGUGUGAAGGGGAAGUUUGCAGUAAUGGAAAAACAAAGACAGGAGGAAGAAAGGAAGAGGAUGGAAGGAGAGAGGAAGAAGAGGGAAGCCCAGGACAACAUGGAGAAAGCCAAAAUAAAGAAGGAAUUGGCUCAGAAAGCAGCUGAGGAAGGAGAUGACACAAUCCUGGUCCGGGUGGUUCCAGCAAAGUCAUCUCGACCUCCAGGCAAAAUAAAGGUGAACUUUGAAGACAUGGAGAAGAAUCGAGAGGAAGAGAUAAAGAAGAAGGCAGAGGACGAGAAGAAGAGACGGUACGAUGAAAACAAACGCUCCUUUAGGGACGCCAAGAGACGUUCAGUUGUGGAGCAGGAUGACGAGGAGAAGCCUUCAGAGAAGGCCCAGGUGGUUCCUGGAAAGCUGAAGAUGACAUUCGAGGAGCUGGAGAAGGAGAGACAGGAGAACAGAAAGAAGCAGGCGGAGGAGGAAGCCAAGCGCCGCCUGAUAGACGAGAAGAAAGCUUUCGAGGAGGCCAGGCUGGGACUGGGAGAAGACGAGGAGGGGGAUGCUCAGCCAGCUAACGAAGAUAAGGAGGAGUUCCGUCCUGGAAAACUGAGAUUGAGCUUUGAAGAGGUGGAAAAGCAGAGGGUCGAAGAAGUGCGCAAGAAAGCAGAGGAGGAGUACAAGAGACGAAUGGAGGAGGAGAGAAGGGCUUUCGCUGAAGCAAGGAAGAGCAUGCUCGUAGAUGAAGAUGACGAGGUGCUAAUGGCUCUACUGAACCUGGAGGGCAGUAAGCCCGGGAAGUUAUGCGCUAGUUUUGAAGAUCUGGAACGCCAAAGAAGAGAGGAGGAGCAGAAGAAAAAAGAGGAGGAGGCCAAGAAGAGACUGGAAGAGGAGAAGAGGCUCUUUGCUGAGGCCCGCAAGAGCAUGGUACAAGAUGAGGAUGAGGGGAUGGUGAAGAGUGAAUCUCAGGAAGCACUGCACCCGAGAAAACUGGAGAUGAACUUUGAAGAGUUGCUGAAAGAGAAGGAGGAAGCCGAGAGGAGACGCAAAGCGGAGGAACGCAAAAAGAAAAUGGAGCAGGAGAAGCAGGAAUUCGAACAACUCAGACAAGAGAUGGGCGAGGAUGAAGUGAAUGAGAGCUCAGAUGUUGUGAGCAAAGAGUAUGAAGAACUGACCAAGCUCAAGAGGACCGGCUCCAUCCAGGCCAAGAACCUCAAGUCCAAAUUCGAGAAGAUCAAGCAGCUGACUGAGGAGGAAAUCCAGAAAAAGAUUGACAUGGAGAGAGCGCGGAGGAAGGCCGUUGAUGAUGAAAUUAAAGAGAGAGAAGCUGAGAGGUUCCAGGAGGAGGAUGAGGAAGGAGAAACAACUGCAGUGCGACCCGAGGAGUCGCCAUUCAAACAGAAGGUGGAUAUGAAAGCCAGGUUUCAACAAAUGGCCAAAGCCCGAGAGGACGAGGAGAGGAGGAGGAUAGAGGAGCAGAAGCUGCAGAGGAUGCAGUUCGAGCAGCAAGAGAUUGAUGCUGCACUCCAAAAAAAGAAGGAGGAUGAUGUGGAGGACGAGGGCAGCAUCAUCAACGGCUCUGCAGCCUACGAGGAUGAGGAGGAUCACGCCAGAUCGGGGGCUCCGUGGUUUAAAAAGCCCCUUAAAAAUCAAUCAGUGGUGGACUCGGAGCCAGUUCGGUUCACCGUUAAGAUCACCGGGGAGCCCAAGCCGGAGGUGACCUGGUGGUUUGAGGGAGAGAUGCUCCAGGACUGUGAGGACUAUCAGUAUAUAGAUCGAGGAGAGACGUACUGCCUCUACCUGCCGGAGACCUUCCCAGAGGACGAGGGAGAGUACAUGUGCAAGGCUGUGAACAGCAGAGGCACAGCAGCAAGCACCUGCAUCCUCACAAUAGAAAGUAAGACCACCUUGUUGUGA